AAAAUGUCCGCUUUCGCUUCUUCGGAUCGCGCUGAAAAGUCUGGAAUUGCAUUGGAGGCCCAGCAGAAAAUCUACGAGAAAUACGAUAAGAAUCUUGCCGGAGAAAUUCUUCAAUGGGUUCAGAACGUCACUGGCCAAUCUUUCGACACCCAAGGAGACGCUGACAACUUGGUCAAGGUUUUUCAAGAUGGAAGUCUUCUCUGCACUCUUGCCAAUUCUUUGAAACCAGGAAGCGUCAAGAAGGUCAACACAUCUGCCAUGGCAUUCAAGAAAAUGGAGAACAUCUCUUUCUUCCUGAAGUUUGCUGAGGAGUAUGUGCAAAAGUCGGAACUCUUCCAGACUGUUGAUCUCUACGAAGGACAGGACCCAAAUGCUGUCCUCAUCUGUCUCGCUUCUUUGGCACGAAAGUCUGAGAAGAACUUCGGUCGAUCUGGUCUCGGACCGAAGGAAGCUCAAGGAGAUCGUCGUGAAUGGACCGAUGAGCAAUUGAAAGCUGGACAUAACGUGAUUGGUCUUCAAAUGGGCAGCAACAAAGGGGCAACUGCUUCAGGACUUAACAUGGGAAACACCCGCCACAUGUAAUUUCCAACGUAUUCCCUACAUUCUCAACCGGUUCUGGUAAUCAUAACGUGAAAUUUUCCUAUUCAUUUUUUUAUAUGUCCAAAUUAUCAAGUGUACUGUAAUCGAUCUGGAAGCCACGCACUUCUAGAAAAUUCAAUUCGCUUCUCCAAAUUUCAUCGGUUCCAACAUACAACUCAUAAUGAUUUCCAUGUUUUUGUGUAGAAUUUUUGUCCAAAUUAUUUAUUGUAUUGUAAUAAAGCUUGUAAGUAGG